GUCUGUUACAAUUUACAAAAACCAUGGCAGUGGCAGGAAGUGCUGCUACCUUCUUGUCCUCACUACCAACAAUACAUGCUUUUCAAAAUCGAAAUGCAUCGCAAUCCACAACCGUUUUAUGUGUUCCCCUAUGUCAGAGGAUAUUCCUUACGAAGAGAAAAUCACCGCAUAGGUUUGUGGUGGUGGCAGUGACACAAGGCUCAGCAGAGUCCAGUAAGUCCGAUGAAAAUAUCCCUUCAUGGGCUAAGCCUGAUUCAGAUGAACCUCCUCCAUGGGCUCGAGAUGAGGCCCAAAGCAAAACCGCUUCUACUCAACAAGGAUUUGAUAUUCCAUUUUAUGCUUAUUUACUUGCCUCUGCUAUCACCGCAAUUGCCGCUAUAGGUUCGAUUUUUGAGUAUUUGAACCAAAAGCCGGUGUUUGGACUUUUGAGUUCUGACAGCGUAUUCUAUGCUCCGUUGCUUGGUUUUUUCGCCUUCACCGGCAUUCCCUCUUCGGCGUUCUUGUGGUUCAAGUCCGUUCAAGCUGCCAACAAGGAAGCUGAGGAACAAGACAAGAGGGAUGGCUAUUUGUAGUUAUAUUAUAGAGUACUACUUUGCAUCCUGUGGUAACUGUUUUUUUUUCUUUCCACAUCCAACUCAAGCUUCCUUUUCCCCUUUAAGAAGCUUUUUUUGUUGUUUUGUCUGCGUAGGUAAGUCAUACGCUAAGUCAUACGCGGAAAUUGCAUAUAAUGCUAUAUUGUAAUUUGUAAGUAAAAGUCCAUUGUGAAUAUUCAUGUUUUUAUAUGAAUAUCAAUGAUUAAAAUCUCAAUUUGGUUUGUGAAAUUGUAAGAGUGUGUGAAGUUAGUCAUUCACUUCAACGAAAUUCCAAGUUAGUCCUUGAAUUUGCACAAUAUUUGUCAA